AGAUCGAUUCGUGGCUUAAGACUAAUAACAACGAUAUGACUGACGAGAAAGUGAACGAAAUCCGCUCCAAACUCGACGAAUCGAUGACAGAGUCGAGACAAUUGCGGCUCUCAUUGAUGGACACACAGACCAAUGUGGCGCUCAUGAGGACAGAGUUGGCACAACUCCGCAACCAAUACGACCACAAGUGUCGCGAACUGACCCACGAAGUCGGCCGGAUGUCCGAACAGCAGUCAGAGCAGCAGCACCUGACACGACAGCUCUCCCUUCUUCAAGACGCUAAUAAGAGACUUCACGACACGAACGACAAUCUGCGGUCAGUACUGGAGUUGACGCCAACGCACUCCAGAAACCAUACGCCCGACGGCACCGAUGGACAACUCCCAGGAUUCAAACGCGGAUCACUUGUCGGCGAUUAUCUACAAAACGACGGCUUUAAGGACACUAUGAAUAAUCGGCAGACAUUUAGCCGACUAUCCGAGACAGACAUGGAGUCCAUAUCAGUAUAUGAAGAGGACUAUCAAUCGCAGCGGCAAUCGUUCGCGUCGUGUCCGCCGAUGAGUGGCCUGAAGAGCGUUCAGCUGACGGGCGAUGAGAUGGACAGCGGGUUGUCGUCGAUGAGGACCCGAUCGCAUCAGUCGUCGCCGGUUCUCAUGCACUUCUAUCGGCGCACGUCUUCGCCGAUCGACGACUCGUCCAUAUCGGUCGAGCCCUCCGGUGCGGCGGCCGUUGACAUCAUAAGCGACGCCACCGGCGCUCCCGAACGCACCUACAAAAUCAUAUUCAUUGGCGACGCCUCUGUCGGCAAAUCGACAUUCAUUCUGAGGCUAUCCAAAGGCUAUUUCGCCACUAAUUUAAGCACAACUUUAGGCGUCGACUUUCAGAUGAGAACGUGUAACUUCGAUGGCAUGAAUAUAGCGCUCCAGUUGUGGGACACCGCCGGUCAGGAGCGGUACAGAAGUAUUACGAAAAACUAUUUCCGAAAAGCGGACGGAAUUAUGCUUUUAUAUGACGUGACAAAUGAACAAUCGUUUCUCAAUGUCCGCGAAUGGAUCUCCACUAUCGAGGAGGCGAAGACCAAAGGGGUUCCGGUAAUGAUUGUGGGCAACAAAACGGAUUUGCGGUCAACAUUGAUGGCGCAGGACAUGAAGUACGUGCGCGCGGAGGACGGCUAUAAGAUAGCCCAACAGUACGGCCUUAUGUUUGUGGAGACCAGUUGUAAAGAUGGCCAAAACAUAAUGACAUCGAUCGCUGAAUUGAUCAAAAUUAUGACCCAAAACGAAGACAAUCUCAUCCAAAGUGUCCUCAAACUGUCCGAAGAGAAACCCAAACGUUUUGGGUGUUGUAGUAAAUGAAUUGUCAAUACUUUUAUAUCUCAUAACAAUUAGUUUAUAGUUUUUUCCCGUAAUUUCAUGAUUAAGAAAACUAUUUUUAAAUUUAGCAGAAAUGUAAGCAUAUAAUGAUAACGUGUGUAUAUUUAUAUCAGUUGUGUCCGUACGUGUAGUAUUAAACAACGAUCUCAUUAUUGGCAUUCAGUUGACCGACU